UUUUCCUUCAAUCCAAAAACACCCAUCUUCCUUACCUCUUCCCCCCUGUCACCCAUCAAACCAGGCUUUGCCAUAAUCGUAACUCACUCUCUCAACAAAAAAAUUACAACUGUUGUCUCAAAAUCAAUCACUCUGGCGGAGAACACUAGGUUUGAACCUCCUUCAGUUUGGAUUAACACAAGCACACAAAACAACAAUCAUUCUUGCUGACUCCGACUUCGAUAUAGACCCAUUUGGAUGCUUAUCCGUUUACUGUUACUUCGUUAUCUAUUAUAAAGCUCAAACGCUUUCAUCGAACCCUUUGGUUUGAGUUCUCAAUUUUCUUUACUCUCAUUCAUGGAAGUCUGCAAACCUUCCUCACCGCCUUCCAAGGUUUUUCAGCAGUCACAAAGGUUUGACUCCGAAGGUCCUUAUCGGCUUCUUUAUUGUUCAAGUAAGGGUGACAAAGAGGGUGUUAUACAGGAGUUAGACAAAGGAGUAGAACCUAAUUUAGCUGACUAUGAUAAGAGAACAGCGCUUCAUUUAGCUUCCUGUGAAGGACGCACUGAGGUUAUUUCUCUGCUUAUUGAGAAAGGAGCUGACGUGAACUCCACAGAUCGCUGGGGUCGCACUCCCCUGUCCGAUGCUCAUGGCAUUGAGCAUGAGGAAAUUUGCAAAAUUCUGAAGGCACAUGGUGGAAUUGAUCCGAUGGGGCUUGAUUCUCUGACUCCAUGCUAUGAAAUUGAUUUUACUGAAGUGAAUAUGAAAGAUGGAACCCUCAUUGGAGAAGGUGCAUAUGGUGAAGUUUAUUUAGUGAAGUGGCGUGGUACAGAAGUAGCUGCAAAAACAAUCCGUUCUUCCAUCGCAUCAAAUGAGAUGGUGAAGAAAACCUUCUUGAAGGAACUGGCUUUGUGGCAAAAGUUGCGUCAUCCCAAUAUAGUGCAGUUCCUUGGUGUUCUGAGGCACUCUAACCGCUUGAUCUUCCUCACCGAGUAUCUUUGCAAUGGAAGUUUGUAUGAUAUUUUAAGGAAGAGGGGGAGACUUGAUCCACCAACCGCUGUUGCUUAUGCUUUAGAUAUUGCAAGAGGUAUGAAUUAUCUUCAUCAGCACAAACCUCAUGCUAUAAUACACCGAGAUUUGACCCCAAGAAAUGUAUUACAAGAUGAAGCGGGGCACCUUAAAGUUACGGACUUUGGCUUAAGCAAAAUUGUACAGGAAAAGGAUUUUGGUUAUAAAAUGACUGGAGGAACAGGAUCCUAUCGUUACAUGGCUCCUGAGGUUUAUCGCCGGGAAUCAUAUGGGAAGAGUGUUGAUGUCUUUUCCUUUGCUCUAAUAGUCCAUGAGAUGUUCCAAGGGGGACCAUCAAAUAAGAUGGAAACUCCAGAAAAAGUUGCUGACAGGCGAGCAUAUGAAGAUUCCCGACCAAUCAUGUCUUCCUACAUAUAUCCCGAACCAAUCAGGAUGCUUCUUCGAGAAUGUUGGCACAAGAAUCCAGAGUGUAGACCGACAUUUGAAGAUAUAAUCGUACAGCUGGAGAUGAUCCAACAGGGUCUGCAAUUAAAGAACGGCAUGGGAGCUUGCUGUGCCUGUUAUAUCUUAUGAUAUAUGAAGUCAUAGCACUGUGCAGACUCCGUUUUUUGCUUUAUAAUCGUUGUGGUUUUGCUUUUGGUUUGUCACAACAAUUUCAAGAGAGAAAGAAGACUAAAUCACAAUGGUUUAUCAAAUGGUGAACUGUGGAUGCAUAUGUAAUUGUCUUCACUAUUGUCAUCUUUGUUGUUAACUGUUACGAGUUCUGUGCAAGUUGGUUAAUGUCACAAGUUGUUUUAUGUUUUAUGUGUGAAAUAGCAAUGUUGGGGAGAGAUAAUGUUACUUGCAUUUGUUUAGAAGAUAUCGUGAAAGGGUGAGUUGGCUCGACUGUAAGGUUUGUUGUCCCUGGUGGCUUGGGUUCAAGUCACGUGUGAAAUAAUAAUGUUGGGUAGAGAUAGAUAUGUUCAAAUUUAACUUGCAUUUGUUCAGAGGAGAUUGUGAAAGGGCAAGUUGGUUCAA